AUGGGAACCAUGCCGCAGGUUUAUCCACAUGUGAUUCUUGACAAUUUCACGACUAAGUUGUCUGAGAGAACAGCAAAUAUUUUGAAGCAUCUCUUUCCAGUGCCAAAGCCAGAUCAUUCAGACUAUAUUUCAUUCAGGCAUCAUACUUAUGGGAAGCAUGGAGGUCCUAAAUCCAUCGUUCUGGAGGAGAUUGGUCCUCGGUUUGAAAUGAGGCUUUUCAAGUUACAGGCAUUCGCUGUGGUAGGUUUGCCCAUUGAAGUGUCCUGCCUUGAACAUUUUAGCCUUUCUUCGCUAUGGCCCAACCUUCUCUCCUGA